AACAUCUCAACCAAGAGCAGAGACAUGGACCACAGUGUGGAGGGAGCUGCAGCCAGCCCUGAGGUGCCCCAGGAACUUCUGGAAGAAAUGAUUUGGUUUUUUCGUGCGGAAGAUGCGGCUCCUUGGAACUAUUCCAUCCUGGUUCUGGCAGCCCUGGUGGUGGUGAUAAGCAUGGUCCUCCUGAGGAGGAGCAUCCUGGCAAACAGAAAUCGAAAGAAGCAGCCACAAGACAAAGAAACACCACAAGUCCUGCAUCUAGAUGAUUCCAAGAUGAAAGAACUCAGCAGCCUGGGCAACCUCAGAGAGACACUGAUCUCAGAGAAGCCCUGCGUGCCCCCGGAGGAAACAGAGCUGAAUGAGAAAGCUGCACCAGAGGUCUUUCUACCAGAUCCACAGGAAACCGAGAGCUAGUGAGCGUUGAGAAAACACACUACCCCAGCCAGACACAUGACUGUGAUCUGAACUCAGCUCUGUGGCCUCAAACCCCUCAGGUUAGACACUCCCCUCCAAGCAGCCUAACUUAUUUUUAGCAGACACAAUAAACAAACUUCGCCCAGAUGAAAAUUCAUUAUUUUAAAAAAGUCUUUUAUUAAAAUGCUUCUCCAGGUGGGCAGUUGGAAGUGUAUGGUUGGUUCAAACGAUGGUAGUCUAUGAAACACACACAAGUGUUGGUGUUUGUUUUGAUCUUUCUGGGGGCCCACCACCCAAAUAAAUCACACACAGAGGCGUAUUCUUAAUUAUAAACGCCCAGCCUUAGCUUGGCUUGUUUCUAGCCAGCUUUUCUUA